GCCCAGCGUCAUCGCUGUACUGCCGGCUUGCUUCCAUGGAGCAUUUCUCGACGCGACGUACCACGGCAUGGCCACGCAGCUUCUUCCUGUGCUCGUCUGUCCUGGUCCUGAUGCUCUUCCCGUCUCCAGCAAACUCCCAGAGCUCCUGCGACCUGGGUGAUCUUAAAGCCCUGGAGGGCUUCUCCAAAGGUCUGGACGGAGGAGGCAUCAGCGGCUGGGCGUUCCCGAACGCGACCUCCGACACAGCCAGCUGUUGUGCAUGGGCCGGUGUCACGUGCGACGGCAGUGGGAGGGUCGUCGGGCUGGACCUCCAUGGACGGAGGCUGUGGGGCGAGAUGUCUCCCUCGCUAGCGCAGCUGGACCAGCUCCAGUCGCUCAACCUCUCCGACAAUAGCUUCCGUGGCGCCGUCCCAGAGCCCCUGUUCCAGUUCAAGAGGCUGCAGCAGCUCGACCUCAGCUUAAACGAGCUCGCCGGCACGUUACCAGACAACAUGUCUCUCCCGUCGAUCGAGCUCUUCAAUAUAUCCUUCAACAACUUCGUCGGCUCCCACCCCACGCUCCAUGGUUCAGAGCAGCUCGUGGUGUUCGACGCAGGGUACAAUUCCUUUACGGGGCAGAUUGAUCCAAGCAUCUGCGAGUCCUCUGGUGCAAUCAGGGUGCUGCGAUUCUCGUCCAAUCUCUUCACAGGGAACUUCCCAGCAGGCUUCGGGAACUGCACACAGCUCGAGGAGCUGUAUGUCGAUAUCAACAGCAUCUCCGGGAGAUUGCCUGAUGACCUAUUCAGGCUGCCAUCUCUGAAGAAAUUGUCUCUUGAGGAGAACCAGCUCUCUAGAAGGAUGAGCCCAAGGUUUGAAAAUCUGUCCAGCCUAGCAAGGCUGGACAUAUCUUUCAAUUCAUUCUAUGGGUACAUUCCAAAUGUUUUUGGUAGCCUCCGCAAGUUGGAGUUCUUCUCUGCACAGUCCAACACUUUCAGGGGCCCAUUGCCUUCGUCGCUGUGCCAUUCGCCGUCACUGAAGAUGCUGUACCUGAGGAACAAUUCGCUGAAUGGAGAGAUCAACCUCAACUGCUCGGAGAUGACACAACUUAGCUCACUCGACCUUGGCAUGAAUAAGUUCAUUGGCACAAUUGAUAGUUUGACGGAUUGCCAUAACCUGAGAAGCCUGAACCUUGCCACAAACAACCUCAGUGGUGAAAUCCCUGCUGGUUUCAGGAAGCUUCAGUUGCUAACCUACCUCUCACUUUCAAACAAUAGCUUCACAAAUGUGCCUUCCGCAUUAUCUGUCCUUCAGGACUGUCAAAGCCUAACAAGCCUCGUGCUCACAAAGAACUUCCAUGAUGGGAAGGCCUUGCCAAUGACUGGGAUACAUGGCUUUCACAACAUUCAAGUGUUUGUCAUUGCUAAUAGCCAUCUUUCAGGAUCAGUGCCGCCAUGGGUAGCUAAUUUCACAAUGUUGAAGGUGCUGGAUCUGUCAUGGAAUCAGUUGGUCGGGAAUAUUCCUGCAUGGGUUGGUGAUCUUGAGUUUCUGAUCUAUUUGGAUCUAUCCAACAAUUCACUUACUGGAGGAUUUCCAGAAAGCUUGUCAAGCAUGAAAGGCCUUGUAACAAGAAACAUCCAACAGCAGUCGACAGAGACUGAUUAUUUUCCUUUCUUCAUUAAAAGGAACAAAACAAGCAAAGGGUUGCAGUAUAAUCAGGCAUGUCGAGCUUGGAAUCCUUGGAUUUAUCACAUAACAAUCUUACCGGAGGCAUCCCAUCUUCAUUAACAAAGCUGAAUUUUCUGUCAAGCUUCAGUGUGGCAUACAACAAUCUAAAUGGUAUCAUUCCAUCAGGAGGCCAAUUCUCGACAUUCAGUAAUUCUUCUUAUGAGGGUAACCCUAAACUCUGUGGCGCUCGCCUAGGCCUAUC